AUGGAGACCAAGGUACCACGGAUACAUGCAGAACGGAUCCGGGUUACGCUUGGGUAUGAAGGUUUGUUUUAUGUUGAUAACGAUGGUUUGAGUGGAGGAAUGGCGCUUUUAUGGAAGAAGAAUAAUACGGUGAGGCUUUUAACUUACUCGCAGAGUCAUAUUGAUGUGGAAGUAAGCUUGUUUAAUAAGUUAUGGCGCAUGACAUGUAUCUAUGGUAUCCCCGAGCGUGGUAGGCGGGAGGAGACAUGGGAUUUGCUUGGUACUCUGAAGACUAGAUCCUUAUUGCCCUGGGUGGUGAUAGGAGAUUUUAAUAAUCUGCUAUAUCAGCAUGAGAAGAAGGGGGGAAAUCCGUAUCCUAACAGUCUGUUACGGGGUUUCGGAGAUGCUGUGGAUGACUGUGGUUUGAUGCAAAUGCCAAUGAGAGGCCACCAGUUUACGUGGCAGAAGGGAAAGGGGACGCCGAAUUGGAUAGAGAAAAGGUUGGAUAAGGCUUUAAUAACGAAUGAUUGGGGUCUGCUCAAUGAGAAUGCAUGGUUGGAGAAUAUUCGAACCCGGGCCUCGGACCACUCGAUCCUUUUCCUCAGUAUUAAUGCGAUCUGCAUGUCGAGGGGAAGGGGGCCGCGGGGAUUCAGGUUUGAAAUGGCUUGGCUAUUAGAUGAGGGGUGCAAAGAGGUAGUAGAAACGGCCUGGCAGGAGGGGAAGACGGAGGGAUUGCUGCAUUGCCAGCAGUUGUGUGGAGAAAAAUUAAUGCGUGGAUUGAGUUGUGAUGAUCCACUUUUUGGGGUCCUAGCCCCACGAGUAACGUUAGAACAGAAUGUGAUGCUUGACCGCCCUUUUGAAAAUAAUGAGGUUAAAGAGGCUCUCUUUGCAAUGUAUCCGGAUAAGGCACCGGGUCCGGAUGGUUUAAACCCGGGUUUUUACCAGCAGUUUUGGGAGAUAGUGGGAGGAGAUGUAUCUGGCUUUAUAACGAAUGCUUUGAAUUCCUGUGUAUUCCCUGAGGGAUUGAAUGAUACUAACAUUGUUUUGAUACCGAAGAAAGAGAUGCCUGAGACAGUUGCAGAUUUAAGGUCGAUUGCGUUAAGUAAUGUCAUUUACAGAGUUAUGGCCAAGAUGAUAGCAAAUAGGAUGAAAACACUAAUGGGAGGAUUAAUAUCAGAAUCCCAGAGUGCUUUUAUCCCGGGAAGGCUAAUCACUGACAACAUUCUAGUAGCAGCAGAGGUGGGGCAUUAUCUGAAGAGAAAGCAGUGUGGUAGAGUGGGGUGGAGUGCUUUGAAGUUAGAUAUGUCAAAAGCCUAUGACAGAAUGGAGUGGAAUUUUCUUGAAAAAAUGCUGACUGUUAUGGGUUUUAGUGAGAAGUGGAUAAAGCUCAUUAUGCUGUGUGUAACGACUGUUAAUUAUACUGUAAUGGUCAAUGGUAUAGCAGGGGGGCAUGUAAAACCAACCAGGGGACUCAGGCAGGGAGACCCUCUCUCCCCGUAUUUAUUUAUUAUUUGUGCAGAGGCUCUCUGGAUGAUAUUACAGUAUGAACAGUUGGCAGGCUCAAUACAUGGGUGCAGAGUUGCAAGGGGAGCGCCACCUGUAUCGCACCUAUUUUUUGCAGAUGAUAGUCUCCUAUUUUUUAAAGCAAAUAUCCAGGAGACGGGAGUUAUAAGGCAGUGCCUUGAAAGGUAUGAGAAAUUGUCAGGCCAGGUGGUGAAUUAUAAUAAAUCUAAUAUAUGUUUUAGCAGAAAUACCCAGGAGGCUGACUGGAUGCAGAUAGCGGAUUGUCUGGGGGUGGUGCAAGCACCCAAUUUUGGAAAAUAUUUGGGCCUACCUUCCUUUGUAGGGAGAAAUAACAGAGCUGUUUUUUCGUAUGUGGAGGAAAAGAUCAGGCAACGAAUUGGCUCGUGGAGUAAAAAGUUACUUUCUCAGGCUGGAUCACUUGUGGCUAAAGUUUAUAAGGCAAGGUAUUAUCCCACAACCAGUUUUACAGAUGCAACUAUUGGUAAUUGCCCAAGUUACUGUUGGAGAAGUAUAAUGGCAGCUCAUGCAAUGGUAGUCUCAGGGGUGCGAAGGAGAAUUGGGAAUGGGCAGACAACUUUAAUAUGGGGACAUCCGUGGUUACGAGAUAAUCCUAGCCCAUUGAUUCAAACAGAAAUGCCACAGCAAUUGAGAGAAGCGCGAGUUGCAGGAUUAAUUGAUUUACAGACUCAUACCUGGGAUCCACAUAUUUUGUCUGACUUAUUUAUUCCUGAAGAUGUGGAGCGAAUAAAUAUGAUCCCUGUGAGUCCUGAGUAUGAGGACUCAUGGUAUUGGAUGAGUGACCCCAAGGGGAUAUAUACAGUAAAGAAUGCCUAUAGGCAUAUUGUGGGUGAUUAUGAGAAUAAUCCAGCAGAUUUUGAUAAAUGGGUUGCAAUGUGGAAAAUAAAAGUCCCCCCAAACUCUUUUACAACAUGGCUAAAAGGGGCUAUGGCGGUCUUAACAGAGGAGCAGACCCGGUUAAUGGUAGCAAUAUUAUAUUAUAUUUGGAGAACUCGGAAUUCAGCUGUCUGGAAGGGAUCAAUGAUGCGACCUGCCCAAUUAGCCAGAGCAGCCACUGUAGCACUACAGGCAUACGGCGCUGCCCAUGUCCGCCGAACCGAGCCGGCAGCAGCAUCGGAGCACUUAAACGGUUCAGGGGAGGGCAGUCUACGGUGUUAUGUAGAUGCGGGUUUCAGGCACGACACGGGCGAGGCUACGUACGACAUGAUAAUAAUAGCGCCAGAUGGCUCUUUUGUGGCAGCAAGGAAUGGCAAGUUACCGGUUUGUUUUUCACCACUUAUGGCGAAGGCCCAGGCAUACAAGGAAGCACUAUCCUGGCUACUUGAACGAAGCAACACAUCAAUAGAUCACAAAUCUUCUUAUUGCAAAUCACCAAAGAAGAAGAACAAGUCAUCUCUAACCAACAUGAGGAAAAGCAAUAACAAGGAAGAUAAGAUCAUCCUCUUCUUCCAUGGUGAUUGA